GCAGAUUUUCCUCCGUCUCUUGCAAGCACCGUCACAAACGCAGUGGAGACUGAAAAAAGUUUAGUCACGAAAGAAGGAAAGCGUACAAAACUGAGGCCAUCCACCGCGCGGACGGCAAACAAUUGGGUGAAAUAGUGAUCCAAAAACUGCGAUCUGUUUGGAAUAGUAGUCCCGAAGAUCCACGCUGGAAUUUAAAAUAGAGCUAGGUGUUUUAAAAGUAUUUUUUGCAACGCAUCUGCAAUUCGUGCUGCGGUGUGAAGAAGAAAAAAACGGCGCAAGAAAACCGACGUCGGUGACGUGAAUACGGUUCGAUCGAGAAAAGCGGAAAGGGGAAAAUUCCAACAGUAUACGGCUUUUGCCUUUGCUCCUGUUUGCUGGUGGUGUGCAACGUUUGGAGUCACCGUAGGAUCAUCGGUGGAUCUGGAACAUUAGGACUGUUAAUUUCGCUCUCCUGUCACUACGUUCUUCAGGGGCAGUAGCUCGGCUGAAAUGGCCUCCACAACCGGUGUUGUGGUACCGCGUAACUUCCGUCUCCUGGAGGAACUGGAAGCAGGACAGAAAGGCGUAGGCGAUGGAUCUGUUUCAUGGGGCUUGGAAAACGACGAUGACAUGACACUCACUCACUGGACCGUCAUGAUUAUUGGACCCCCUAGAACACCAUUCGAAAACAGAAUGUACUCGCUUAAAGUUGAGUGCGGAGAACGCUAUCCGGAUGAACCACCAACCGUUAAAUUUCUGUCAAAGAUUAACAUUAACUGCAUUAAUAGUCAGAACGGCGUGGUCGACCAACGAAUGGUACCGGUUCUCAAUAGAUGGAACCGAGAGUACACUAUUAAGAGCAUUCUUCAAGAAAUUCGUAGGAUCAUGACGUUAAAGGAAAAUUUAAAAUUAACACAACCACCAGAGGGAAGCUGCUUCUAGUGGUUUUAACAUGGAAAUCGGGAAGAUGGUCACAAGCUUUGCUCUUGCUGCUCUGUUUAGCAUCGUCAUCUUUGUCGUCGUCGGGGGAUGGAUUGUGUGCGUGCGUGCCGUCACUAUUACCACUAUCGCUACUGUUAUUGCUAAUAAAUUAACUUUCCUAUCGUUUGAAAUUUGAUUUGAAACAGCUGAAGAUGAAAAGGCAAAUACAUCCAGUGAUCGGUGAGAAUAUAAAUCUUCUCAAUGACCUAUUUUUUCACCCGAAGGCAUAUGCAACAAAAAGAGAUUGAUAAAGGUAAAAGUUGAACAUUGA